AUGUGCAAAAUGGAGAAGUCUACGUGCACAUGUUGUAUAUAUAUAUAUGUAUAUAUAGAGCCCAUGCAUGCGUGCAGGGGUUCUGCAGAGUUUUGGUUGCAAGGGCCCAGCUGCACGAGCGCCAUGGUGGUGCGCCGGCGUCCGCGCCUGACCCCACGCGCGCUGUUGCUGCGGGCUGCGCGCUCGCCUCGCCAGCGCCGGCUGCCAUGGCAUCGCCCUGCCCGUCGCCCGGCCGCGGCAACGCAAGCGGCUGAGGACGCUUCCCCUGCCUCGCAGCCAGCUGCAGGUCCGUCCCAGUCCCAGCCAGCUGCAGCGAGCACAAACGCUCCGGUGGAGCCGGAAUUUGCUGGCGAUGGCGAGGACUCGCCGCAUUGGCUGCCAGACCCGUCCCAGGCCACGACAGAGCCAUGGGAAGCAGAUUCCGCGGCGGCCUUCCAAGUGGAGUCCUUUGAAGACCUCGAGCUGUGCAUGGACGACGACAUGGAUGAUGUGCCGGGAGCGGCUGCGCCGCCUGCUGCUGCGGACGCGCCGCCUGCUGCGGACGCGCCGCACCUGUACUGGGCGGUCGCGCCGCCGGAAUGGUACAAGGUUCGCGAGGUGUACUGGAGCCGCGCCGUGGCGCGCUUCGGGUGGUUCCAGCAGCAGCUGGCAGAAGCCUGCCAGUGGGAACACGUCGAUAUCGGCAUGGCAGACGAGUUGGAGCGAGCCAUGGGCGGCUGCCAGGCGCUUGUUGUAUACGGCGAUGCCUUGCUGCGCGGCUUCGCGCCCGCGGUCGUGCCGCGGAAGAACUUGAUGGCUUUUGCCUCGCGCUGCCGCCACCUCGUUCACGGGUCCAAGCAGGCCAUGCGGCUGCACGCGUGGAAUAGACUGGAGCGCUGA